UGGAGUAGUUAGUGCAGUGGGUGAAUAAUCAUGGCGGCGGUUCACCUUGCAAAAUUCUCUUACCGAAGUGUCGUUCGAUUUUCUGACCGAGAAUUUGUGCGCUGAAAAAAAUACCCAGUCCAGUGAAAAUCCGGAAAUUAUGAGUCAACCUGGUGGAUCCUCCGGGGAUGACGGAGGCACUGGAGAUGGUGGAGAUGACCAAGAAGAAUCUUCUUCCUCGAAGCUGAAUGUCGAGGACGCCCUGACGAGCUUCAGGGAGCAAUGGCAGAGAGAACUCGAAAUUUCACCGAAAAGAGAUCUCAAUAAAUCGAAUAAACCAGUGAACAUCGAAACUAUCGAGGAAGAAUUAUCCAUAGAAAAUAAGGCAAAAAAGUUAUUUUUAAAAGGUAUAGAGUACGAGCAGAAUGGAGAACUGUACGAUGCCAUUAGGUUCUACAAAAGAGCUGUGCAACUGGUGCCUGAUAUUGAAUUUAGACUCUACGAGUCAACAAAACCGAAGGCUCGGGAGAAAUUCGAAAAAGACGAGAAGACAAUCGUUUUCGACUGUGAACCACCUGAUGAUGACGUCAAAGGCGAGGAGGAAAUCGAAGAUGGCAAUCUGAUCGUUAAAUUGUCGAGAGUUUUGGUGAAGAAUCAGCGCGUUUGUUGUCCGCGCUUCGAGCAAAGUUCAACACAUAUAUCUGCUCUGCCCAUGGAGAUUGUACUCUACAUUCUGCGGUGGGUGGUGUCACCCGAUCUUGAUUUUCGCUCGUUGGAGAUGUUCUCUGCUGUUUGCCGAGGAUUUUUCAUAUCGGCGAGGGACCCAGAGAUUUGGAGAUUGGCCUGUGUGAGAGUCUGGGGUGUUAACUGCGGUGAUUUCGAACCGAUAUAUCGUUCCUGGAGGGACAUGUACCUGCAAAGACCUAGAUUACGCUACAACGGCUGUUAUAUUAGUAAAAAUACGUACAUUAGACACGGGGAGAACAGUUUUCAGGAUCAAUUCUAUCGGCCUUGGCACUUGGUAGAAUAUUUCAGAUAUCUCAGAUUUUUUCCAGAGGGCCGAGUGCUCAUGUUGACAUCGACGGAUGAUGCUCAGAGCUGUGUGAAUUUAUUGAAGAGUCGUCAUCCCAGAAAUCCAAAUAUAUUGAUUGGUUAUUACAGGCUGCAUGAGAAUCGGGUUACCCUUGUAUUGAAGAAACAGGAAAUCAGAUCAAAUAACAAUGUUUAUAGGAAGAAGAGGAAGGAAGUCGUGCAUGACAGUGGAGAACAAACAUUUCAUGUUGAGUUCGAGAUACAGACGAACCAGAAGAGAGCUAAUUUCCAACUGAAUUGGGUUCGCUACAAUAUAUUCACAAAGUACAAAAAUGGUCAGGAGGGCACGACGUGUCUGAAUUCAUCGGGACGAUAUCCAUCGUUCAAGUUCAGUCGAGCUAAAAGUUACACCCUAGAGAGUGAUGCACCACUUCAAUGAAUUAAUUCAUUGUAAUCAGCAUUUAAAUAUUUUUUAUUCGUUAAUAUGAAAAAUAUUGAAUAUUGUUGA